UCAGACAAAACUUGUGUUUUUUAAAGGCUAACUUCGUUUUCGAUUAAGGUAAUUUCCACGGCAAUUCCUACUUAGAGUGGGAGCACUUAAAGGCAACAUCAGUACUGCAGCCGCCAACGGUGCUGCUGUCUGACUGGAAAGACGGAUGGUCAGGGCCGUCACCGUCUAACCUGAACAUGCAAGUGUAACUUGAUUCAUGCCCGUUUAUAGUGCUAAACCAGGUUACUCGUUUAUUUAGCCUUAGCUAGUCAAGUAACGUUUCCUUUAAUCAUGGAGGACGACUGUGUUUGUGAGUACGACUCGACCUGGGACACAGAGAGUGAUGGAGACGACCCGGCCGGAGAGAGCCAAACCCGUCGGUCAUGUCAAGACAAAAACAAAUCUGGAUGGACUCUAACUUGGCAUCAUACGCCCAGAAACAUGAGGGCAGCAAAGGACAUGCAGAACUACAGAAGAGGAUAUCCAAAUCUUACAGAUGACGAAUGCUCAGAAGACAAAAUGAACAAUUUGCAGUUUUAUCUCAAUAAAUUUCCCUCUGCUCCUGAUGAUGUUUACAUUGAAUCAUUUCUUAAGGAAUGGAAAAAUGACUACAAAAGACUGGAGAGAGUUCACUCAUACAUUCAGUGGCUGUUUCCUCUGCGAGAGCCGGGAGUUAAUUACAUGGCUUCAGAACUUACCAAGAAGGAAAUUGAGGCCUUCAAGAAGAAUGAGGAUGCCAAAAAGAGACUAGUCGAGUCCUAUGAACUCAUGUUGGGCUUCUAUGGAAUGCGUUUGGUCAGCAAAGAGACAGGAGAAGUGAAACGAGCAGAUAAUUGGAAGGAGCGAUUUGGAAACCUGGAGCGGAAUAUGCACAACAACUUGCGCAUCACUCGCAUCCUAAAGAGCCUCGGAGAGCUGGGCUUUGAGCACUACCAGGCCCCACUUGUGCGCUUCUUUCUGGAAGAGACUCUAGUCAAGAAGACCCUUAGCAGUGUUAAACGCAGCGUUCUUGACUACUUCCUGUUUGCUGUCCUGGACAAGCAGAAACGUCAGGAGCUUGUGCGCUUUGCCUACCUUCACUUUGAGCCAAAGGAUAAGUUUGUGUGGUGUCCCAGAAAGAUUCAGAAACAACUCAGGAAGGCAGAGAAAAGAUCAGAUUCUGUUGGGAAUGGAGAUGGAAAAGAUGAAUCGUAUUCACGGAGUAAAAGCAAAGAUGGAGAAGCAGUUGUGCCACAGAGAGAUGAUGGACUGGAUAAUGUUGCAAAGGCUCAGAAAGGAACUGAUAAAAUGGCAAGUAAAGACAAAAACAAACUCUCUGAGCCAUCGCCAGGGACAAAACCAGAAGCAGAGACUGUAGGAAAUGGAAACGCAGAGGCUGAGUUUAAUAAUACAAUUUUGGGGAAUAGAAAGGACUCUACAGAUGGUGUUGAUGAAAUGGAUCAGUCGCCCAGUCCUGACUCUGUGAUGGCAAAAGCCGCGUCCUGUGCUGACAGCGAGGGUACGUGUACCAACGACUCAAAGGAGACCACCCAGGAACCAGACAACCGUAUGCAAACAGAGGAGGCCAUAGACACUGAAAAACCACCGAAGAAGAAAAGAGAAGAUGACAAGGUGCUGCCAAGCAACGGCUCUGCUGGGGACUUCGCCAGUGGGCAGAUGGAGGAGAGAGCUGGUGCUAAUAAAGCCACUGGUCAAACAAGCCCAUCAGCGCAAACCCCCGCUAAGACUUCAAAACAUUCACCCUCUCUUUCUUCUGGAAGAGGGGAAAAAAUCCCAAGGACUGAUUUCAAUCAAGUGCCAGAUAAAAAGAAAGAGGAAGAAACAUUGCAUGCAAAUGGGUCGGCAACAAAUGGGUCAGCGACGAGCACCGACAAAGUUGUGGACGAACAGACAAAUGGGAAGGAGCCGCAGGAUAUUGACAUGGAAUCAAACCCCGCAAGCUCAGACCAAAAUGUGGGGGGUUCAUGAAUAAACUGGAUGAUGGGAGAAAAUACAUUAAUUUGAGCUUAAAUGAAAUGUAAUAUAGGGACAGAGUAUGACCUAACACUACUUCCUGGGCCUUAUUUCUACCUUCUUUGAUGUUUAGAUAUUGUUUCUUUUUCCCCUUGAAAGGAGUAUAUGAUUUCAUUAACUUGCUAAAUGUGGGACUGGAUGUGACUCAGUUGCCACAUGGCCAUAGGAAAAUAUUAAAGGAAAAGGCUGGUGAUAUUCUAUAUUUUUGUUAUUGUCAACAAGUCCCAAGGAAACGUCAAAACCAACAACACACCACAGACAGUAAACAUGCUAGCAUUAUUAGCUUGCUAGUGGUAGCGCCAGCCCGGCUUCGCCCUUGGCAUGCUAGACGUAACCGUCCAUCGAGAGUCUCCCCAAAACCAACACUGUUAGUUCAAUACUUUCUGACUUCCUUUCCCUGUCUGUGACUCUUACCUCCAAGCACAUUGGUUCUUAUUGAAGUCAUGAAUCCUUAAAAAUCGAUUUUUUGUAAUUUAUUAUUUUUUAUUUAAAGGCUAAAUAAUUUCACGGCAGGUGACUAGUUUUUAUUAAAUGUUACUCAAACGGGAGUAAAUAGCUUUUUUGUUGGACUAUUUUCAGCUGGGGUUUUGGGAGUAUUUACGGCAGCUGGACGGUGUAUGUGAGAUUGACUGAAAAAUGAACUACAGUGUCGGUGAUUAUUCUAAUGAAGGAAUAUGCCAUCCAGUGCAUCACUGUGGCUCAUUAAUGUGUUUUAAUAGUUUUUGGACAAUAGGACAAUGUGGUACGGAGGAAUACGCUACUGUAUAUGAGGCUUUGAAUAUACGUUAUAUACAAUAUACAAUUAUUGUGAGUGGGAUAGAUUCAUGGUUUGUUUUGGUCUUCUUUGUCGGAUUUGUCAAUAAGAAAAAUAUAGAAUAUUACCAGACUUAUCCUUUUUAAGUAGUAAUGACUUAGGCUGAUAUUUAAUAUCUCUACAGAAUACAUAAAGCACUAUUAUUAAAGUAUAUAAAUGAAAUGGUUUCAGCAUUUGUAACACCUUAAUACUUUCACAAUUGAAAAGUUGUUUUGCACUGAAUAAUUAUUGAUUGGAAGAGCUUUUUUUUCCUCUUUGGGCUGUUUUUGUGUGAGUAAAAAUAAUCUGUACUGGUUAAUGUUUCUGCUGGACCCCGCUGUUCGAAUAGAUUUAAGACUGAAUGUCACUUAAGUUAUAUUUCUGUUGCACAAUCUGUAUGUUUUCAUGCAUAUUUGGGAAACAGACCUUUUGAACAACUGAAAGCCUUGCCAAAAAUGUGAUAAGACUGGUUGAUUGUACAAUAUGUAUGUCUUCUCUGCAGAACUGAUAAAGCUUUGGCUAUAAUUUAAAAAGACCACUGUAUGUUAAUUUGACAUGAUUGAAGUCCAUGAAAAUUUACAAACCAGGGUUAGUAUAUUGAUGCAUAUUUUCUAUAUUGCACUUCAUUUUCACUUUUCAUUAUUGAAGUUUUGAUAUUAGUUACAUAAUGAAAGGUAAUAACUUUACAAAAGUGCUGAAUUGUUUAUAUAUGA